UGCAUCCUUCCAGCUUCCUUCCGCCACUCGAACCACCGCAAACCAACAAAUUGAACCCUCGACCUACUCGACGCCGGGAUUGUCUUCUUCGGAAAGAAAAUCAUAAUCUGAAAAAAUGGUCCGAGAAGCCUCUUCGGACGAAGAGGACGAUAGCCAAGCUCUCGUCCCCGAGCACGAGGUGAAACCUCUGUCGCCGCGGCACGACCAGCGCCAAUUCGGUGCUUUGGAGAUCGCGAAUGGCCUUAGAGUCCAGAUCAGCCGUCGUCUUCGCUAUCGCCGAUGGCAGUGGUAUCUCCUAGCAAUCUGCCUGCCCCUUGUACUCAUCCUCGUCUUUUUCUCCCUUGAUCUCGGCCGUCUAUUCCGUGGCAUCACCAUUAUUCGUGCGGACUCUCCCGGGGACCGGAUGCGGGAGGCCGAGCUACGAGCUCUCUUCCUCCUCCGGAAUCAGGAGCUAGGGCUUCUGCAUUUGUGGAAUCAGACUGUUCCUAGAUCCAGUGCGUCGUUGCCCUCAAUUGCUUCCCCUCCUAGUAAUGAUUCGAGUUCGGCUACUGUUAAAGCUGAUUUGCCUAGUACUCCCGUGCCGGGCUCGCUGGAGGAGUUCAGAUCCGCAUUGUUGGAGCAGAUCAAGUUGAACAAGCAGAUCCAGGCCGCAUUACUUUCUCCUCACCGGGGUAGAAAUGCUUCACUAGAGUCUGUGGAUGACAAUGUGGACGCCUACUUAUCCGGCACAGGGGUUGGUGUUUGUAGAAAGGUGGAUCGACCGGCCGAUCGGAGGACGAUUGACUGGAAGCCAAAGAAAGACCGGUUUUUGUUUACGAUAUGUCUGUCAGGUCAGAUGUCCAACCAUUUGAUAUGCCUAGAGAAGCAUAUGUUCUUUGCUGCACUUCUUGGUCGGGUUCUGGUCUUCCCGAGCCAUAAAGUGGACUAUGACUACAGCCAAGUUUUGGACAUUAAUCAUAUAAAUCAGUGUUUGGGUAGGGAAGUUGUCAUCUCCUAUGAUGAUUUUGUGAUAAAGAUGAAGAACAAGUUGAAGAUAAAUAGGUUCAUAUGUUACAUUGCAAACCCCCCCUGUUAUCUUGAUGAAGAACACAUCAAGAGAUUGAAGAAUAUGGGGAUUUCAUUGGGAAAGAUCGAAACUGCAUGGCCUGAGGAUGCCAAGUUAAAGAUGCAAAAGAAGAGGGCUGUAGCAGAUAUUAUGCCUAAAUAUUCUUCUGAUGAUGAAGUGAUUGCAAUAGGGGACAUGUUCUAUGCUGAUGUGGAGGAGGACUGGGUUAUGCAGCCUGGUGGUCCCAUUGGUCACAAAUGUAAAGCUCUAAUCCAACCGAAUAGGUUGAUCCUCCUCACUGCACAGCGGUUUGUGCAGACAUUCUUGGGAAGCAAUUUCAUAGCAUUACAUUUUCGAAGGCACGGGUUUUUGAAGUUCUGCAAUGUGAAAAAAGAAAGCUGCUUCUAUCCCAUUCCCCAGGCUGCUGAGUGCAUACUCAGGGUAGUUGAGCGAGCCAAUGCUCCAGUGAUUUAUCUUUCCACAGAUGCAGGCGAAAGUGAAGCAAACCUUCUACAAUCAUUGGUUGUUUUGGACAACAAGCUUGUUCCCUUGGUCAAGCGACCGAACCAUAAUAGUGUUGAGAAAUGGGAUGCCUUGCUCUACAGAAACCAUAUUGGUGGAGAUCCUCAAGUCGAGGCCAUGCUUGAUAAGACAAUAUCAGCUACGUCGACUGUGUUCAUAGGAUCCUCUGGCUCGACAUUUACUGAAGAUAUACUACGACUAAGAAGAGGAUGGGGAGUUGCAUCGCACUGCGAUGAAUACCUUUGCAAGGAUGAGCUUCCAAAUUUCAUUGCUGAAACCGAAUGAGAAUCCACCAGCUGACAAUCAUGUAAAGAAAUGCUCUCUUCAUAAACUUCAGGUCCACACUUUCUGUACUAAAGCUUUUCCUGUUUGCUCUGCAUUUUUUUUUAAUGUAUAUUGAACCGUAGAAGAGUGUGCUGUGUACUUCUCUUCACAUCCUUAAUGGAUGUGGUAUACUCAUUAUUUGUUAUAGAGAUAUAUUCAUAUAAUUGAUCAUUUUGAGUUCUCUCA